AUGACCAGGGGUGCUUGGAUGCGUCGGCAGCAUGAUGAAGGCUUAAAAUACUGGUUUGCACCCCGAGAGAACGAGAAGCCAUUUACCGAGUCGGAGCGGGCCCAGAGAUGGCGACUGUCGCUGGCCUCUCUGCUCUUCAUCACCGUCCUGCUCUCUGAUCACUUGUGGUUCUGCGCCGAGGCCAAACUGACGCGAACCCGAGACAAGCGGCCGGACGAGGGGCUCGUCACUACGGACAUGGGCGAGCACAGAAAGUCCCUCCACCAUCACCCUAUCCCAACAACACCCGACCCCCGCCGCCUCGCCAGAGAGCAAGAUGCUAUUUUUCUAGGGAAUUCUACCAAACCUCUGUGGCGAAUGGACACCUGUCACCCUGACAGCCUGUUCAAAGACUGCUUUACUUUCACGGACGCGCAGACCGUGUGCCUGGGCCUCUCCGGUGGAGGGGACAAGGGGACACAGCUGGCGUACGUGAAGCUGAGCGAUUUGUACCUUUCUUUUUGUAAUUCCUACUCACUUUUGGAUUUGUUUAACGGGUUUACGAGUCUGGACGCUUUGAAUUGCACCCUGAAUAUGACCACGGGGGAGGGCUGCAGCGAGUGUAUCCGGGCUUAUCAGCGUCUGGACCGGGAGGCAGAGGACAAGUACCGGGAGUUUGAGCUGCUGGUUCAGAAAUACGAGACGGAUGUAUACUCGGUCAGGACGUGCAUGGAGGAAUGCAAGAUGGUGUAUAAGCCGUGGCUGUGUUCUCAGUACUUCCAGACCUCCCAGAUGCACUGCAGCAGGAGGAUCCCCUGUGGUCAGUACUGCCUGGAGGUGCAGAAGCGGUGCCCCUUCAUCUUGCCCGACAAUGAUGAUCUCAUUCAUGGAGGCAGCCCCAGUUUUAUAUGCACAGGGCUGCUGGAGGACUAUCCAUCAGGUGUGGAUCCUAAAGCAGACUGCUGUGACGUGCGGUGGGACUUGAAAGUGGACAACCGUUCUCGGGGGACCCUGAAAAGAACUCACCCGCCGUGCCAGCACCGUACCUCCCUCAGCUCGUCAGCAGCCUGCAGACUGUGUAACAGCCGGCUCAAACUCUGCCUGCUGGUCCUUGUCCUCCUACACACUGUUGCCAGCCUCACUGCAUCCCACAAUGCAACAGGACUGGGCCUCCCCGCCAUCACGCCUCUGGAGGAGAGCCCUGCCAAUGAGGAGUGAUGGAGCUGCCGGGAGGCAGAGAGGUUGUCAGGGUGGGGGAUUCCCUCACCAUGGCAACCGGUGUGGAAAAAUACAGCCACAGUUGUGCGAGCGGCUGGAGCUGUUCCUGUGGACAUUCUGCAACGCUCUCUGGCAAAUGGAAAAUGUGGGCCGCUCUGGGACAAAAAGACACACAAAUCAAUCAAAACAAAUAGACAAAUAAACAAACAGACAUACUAAGGGAUUCAAAUGGUCCCUUAGAUCGAAAGGGGACAAUGCCACAGCCUUUGUUGAGUGGGAAGGUCGGCUUCCUCAUGGCUGAGUUUCUCUCACUACGCUUUUUUACACUGUGUCCCAAUUAUUGGUUUCUGUUGCACUGGCUGACUAUGGAGUACCACAAUCAUGUUCUCUUUCUAAUGUUCAUCCUUUGUGUUUGUUUCUGGGUCUCUCAUACAGGAAGAAAACCUCUCCUAAUAAGACGGAUAAUGUGUUCAAAAAAUGAACAAGCUGCAAGUUUGUGUGUAAGAGGGUUUGUGUUUCUAGAUUAACUGUGUGCGCGUGAGCAUGCUUGGGCGUGUGUGUGAAUGCAUGUCUUUACACGUGUGUGUGUGAGAGGAUGCAUGUGUGACAAUGAUACGGACCCUAGAAGUCUACCUAAUCGGCAGGUGCAGCAAAGAUGUUUUUUGGAGCCUCCCCCCUUCUCUUCUGAUGUCACUUUCCUCUGCUGAGCUGGUCCAUCAGCCACGAUCUGAUAGAAACUUAACUGGAUUUUCAGUGUGCUUCUGAUAUCCAUAAUAAGCAUUAUGCUUGACACAGGUUUAUGGUUUCUUUGUUUUUGUUUUGUGAGAUAAAAUGCGACUGUUGACCGGAUAGAAGAGGAUCUAAACCAUUUAGGAUGCAAUGUUUCUUUGAGCUAAAAUCGAAGAGGGCUAAGCCAUAUGAACAAAUUCAUCACAAAUUCAGUUUGAUUCCCACAAAUUGAACCAAAUUCUCCCAAAAGUCUACACAGGAUAUGCUGACUCAUCACUGUUUAAAGAAGCUUAACUUAAGCGUAAGGAUUAACACCCCUUGUGUUGCACUCUUCUGUGUUCUGUCAGAGAUGAGGAAAAGACAAGGCAGAAGCGCAUGAUUAAAUGCCAAAGAAUUCACUGAAUCCUAGUUAUAACACCGAAAUGAGCUAAAUGAGUGCAUUUUAGUUCAUUAUUUCUCAUUAAAUACAGCUGAUGCAAUGGUCAAAAAUAAACACCAGGGUUAUAACAAGUCAGCCACUUUAAGACAAUAUGAUCUCACAGAACAAAACGUAAAACUGUGUUAAGCUUGUCUUAACCAAAGAUGUGAUUUCAGGCAUUCUAACAAAACCCUGCUCUGAUUCUGGCCACUUUUCAGUGACAUGGCUCAGCAGAGUAAACUGACAUCAGAUCAAUAUAUUUUUCAAUUAAAGUUGCUCCAGACAGAGGAGCUUUUGUUAUUUUGGAGAUUAAAGGUAACGUCUAUUCAAAUUAGUAUUAGUGAGAUUAAAAACUAUGGAUACUGAAGGUUCUUAAGAUCCUUGCUUUCUUCCUUUCAUUCUGU